AUGGCUUCUGGCGAAAUUUCUAGUCCAAUAACUAAAUGUAAAUUAGUCUUCUUGGGAGAGCAAUGUGUGGGAAAAACGUCUAUUAUAACACGAUUUAUGUACGACAGUUUCGACAAUACCUAUCAAGCUACAGUAGGAAUAGAUUUCCUAUCGAAAACUCUGUAUUUAGAUGAUCGAACUGUACGCCUUCAACUAUGGGAUACCGCGGGUCAAGAACGUUUUCGUUCUCUAAUACCAUCCUACAUUCGCGAUUCGACAGCCGCCAUUGUUGUCUAUGAUGUUACAAAACCAGUUACUUUCGAAUAUACUUCAAAAUGGAUCGCUGAAGUAAGAGCUGAACGCGGUAAUGAGGUAAUAAUUAUGCUGGUGGGUAAUAAAACAGAUCUGGCCGGUAAGCGGCAAGUCACAACGGAAGAAGGUGAAAGUCGAGCCAAAGAAUUGAAUGUUAUGUUCCUAGAGACAAGUGCAAAAACCAGUUAUAAUGUUAAGAAAUUAUUUGAACGUGUAGCUUCCGCAUUGCCGGCGGUAGCUUCAGCUGUUCCAAGAACGUCAUCAAGUGAUGAAUAUGAACAAAGAAUCGAAUUGGAAAUGCAGAAAGAAGCAACACAAAAGAAUGAUAAGAAAAGUAAUUGUUUUUGUUAA